AUGGCUUGUUACCUGGUCAUCAGUUCGAGACAUCUCAGCAAUGGGCACUACCGGGGCAUUAAAGGAGUCUUCAGAGGGCCCCUCUGCAAGAACGGAUCUCCCUCUCCGGAUUUUCCAGAAAAGGAGAAGUCCACAGCAAAGGCCCUGGAAGAUGUAAAGGCAAACUUUUACUGUGAAUUAUGUGACAAGCAGUAUCACAAGCACCAGGAGUUUGACAAUCAUAUUAAUUCUUACGAUCACGCUCAUAAGCAGAGACUGAAGGAAUUAAAGCAACGGGAAUUUGCUCGAAACGUAGCUUCCAAGUCAUGGAAAGAUGAGAAGAAACAAGAAAAAGCACUUAAACGGCUUCAUCAGCUGGCCGAGUUAAGACAACAGUCUGAAUGUGUUUCUGGAAAUGGACCAGCAUACAAAACUCCCAGGGUAGCCAUAGAAAAGCAACUUCAGCAAGGAAUUUUCCCAGUUAAGAAUGGCAGAAAAGUAUCGUGCAUGAAGAGCGCUCUUCUCCUUAAAGGAAAGAAUCUGCCCAGAAGCAUUUCCGAUAAACAGCGGUCCACCAUGCAAAACCGACACCAGUUACAAAUGGACAGACGUUAUUUGUUUGGAAAUCGGGUACCACAAGCCUCUUCGGAUCUCAGCAAUGCAAACCACAGGACAGGAGUAUCAUUUUCUUUUUCCAAAAAAGUGCAUCUGAAAUUAGAAUCUUCAGCCUCUGUUUUCAGUGAGAACACAGAGGAAACCCACGAUUGUAGCAAGUCACCCAUCUAUAAAGCAAAACAAACUGCGGAGAAAUGCAAGUGCCGCAGGUUUGCAAAUGAGGAUACACAUCUCACUAAGGAAAAAGAUAUAAACAUCACCCCAAGCCAUCUGGAAAGUGUCUUGCACAAUACCUUCUCUAUAAGCUCUCAAAUCUUGCAAGACAAAGAUGACUCUAUUGAUGAAACACUAGAAGAUUCGACUGGCAUUCAUGCUUCAUUCUCUAAAUCUGAUAUUCAUCUUUCAGAUGUGGAUUUUACUCCUUGCAGCAGAGAAAAAGAAACUAGAAGUACAGUGAAGAACACUUCAGAAAACUGCAUUCAUCACUCCUGCCAAGCAAAUCCUUCCUCCAGCCCACCAAAUAUUUACAAGCACAGUGAUGCCAGGAUAUUUGAAUGUCUGGAUGAGUUUCCAUCACUGGAGCCAAGAAAGCAAAACACUACAGUGCAUCUGAAUCCCAAUUCCAGAAUGGAGAAGAGAGAAGACUCUUUAGAUGAAACAGAAAGAGUUAGCAGAAAUGUACAGAGGCUUGUAAGAGAUGCAUGUCCCCAUGAUGUGAAGUCGAAACCAUUGCCUUUUCUCCACGUACAAAGUAAGGAUGGCCACACCACCCUCCAGUGGCCUACGGAACUUCUGCUCUUCACGAAAACAGAGCCCUGCAUCUCUUAUGGAUGCAACCCAUUGUAUUUUGAUUUUAAGCUUUCUCGGAAUGCAAAGAGUGACCACGAUUCAGAGGGCCUAAAAACAGAAUUGAUGAAGGAGCCCUCAGAAAUGAAGACAACAAUAGAGAGCCAAGUCUCAGGUUUAAUUGAAGACCAACAAAAAUUGAUCCAAGAAGAUGAUCAAUCUCUGAAACCAAAGAUGAUGAUAGCUAAUCCAGAUUGGGAAAAUUUCCAGAGAAAAUCUAAUUUGGGCUACAAUGAUUCUGAGCCAAAUAUGAGUCAACAUAAUUUUAGUGCAAGUGAUUUGGAAAUGAAAAAUCCUGAAGUGCCUGCUUACCUUGAUAUCCCUCUAAAGAAUUGUGUAGAAAACAACAAUAAUAGUGAUAAUGAACUUAAGGAAUCUUCAAGGGCCCAUUGGCAAAGCUGCCAGAGGGUCAUCCUAAAUGAUGCAAAUGAGAGCCUAGCUUUUUCUCCUUGCAUCUCGAGGACUAAGAAACCAAAACUGAUUCCUUGUGAUCCUCAUUCAGAUUUUGAAGAUGGAAAUCAGUUCACCUGGAAUUCGAGUCCUUACCCAGUAAGGGGUCACAGUGAUCACGGGAAGGACGUCAGUGUAAUUUUGAAUAGUAACCACAUCAGCAUGGCCAGCGGGGCUUCCGGAUGUAGAAACAAGAGAGAUUCUCCAAACUUGUCUCUGAAUAGACUUUCUAGCCCUUCAGACACGUGCUCUGGCAGUACAUCCAGCCUGAGAAGUACUUGUUCAAGUGCUCAGUCCGGGAGUGAUGGCAGAGGUGAUUUGCUCUUCUUUUGUAAAAGAGAACACAGUUCCAUUGAAAGGCACAAAGGGAGACAGCAAACACACAACUGCCCCUGCCCGUCUGAGGAGAUGGUCAAGGGUACCUGCCCGCCAUCUGAAAUACCGAGAGAUCAGAACUGCAGAUCGUGGGAAUCGGCUAAGAAUGAAAAACACUCCACUCAUAGAUACGGCCGCUGCAGACAAAGAUCUAAACUGGGCAAACAUCAACAGCAGUUUUCAGGGGCCAAAUCCAGGAGAAUCCCCCACUAUGAUUCUAGCUCACAGGUGUCCUGUCCCGGGAACAAUGAAAAGCCACCAAACUGCCAGGGACCUCGGCACCGCAGAUGGGGCUCUUACUCAGGAGGGAGUAUUUAUUGCUUAAAUAAAAGUGCAAGAAGUCAAGAGUCUUUGGACAGCCCUCAUAUCUGUGACCUGGGAAAAGGAAAAUCCAUGCAGUAUAACUCUGGGAACAUCAGCUGCCUUCUGAGGAACUGUUCCAGCAGCCCUUCUGAAACCACGGAGUUGACAGAAGGAGAGAGGACUCCCCUGACAGCCAAACGUCUUUUAGAAAGAGUGCAAGCCAAGAGGUGUCAGGAACAAUCAACCAAUUUUGAGGUCUCUUCAAAGAACCGUAAAAAUGAAUCAGAGGCUCAUUCACAAAUUCAAUGCACAAUUCAGUUCACACCACUGGGCUGUCACCGACAAACAUUGCCCUUGUCUGAAAAAACACAGAACACAAGUAAGAAAGGGAAUGAUCAAGGCGGUGCGAUUCAAAGGACUCUAGAGAAAGACCAAGUCAAAAGUUCACAGACAAAUAAUGUCACCGUUUUAGGAGAUCCUGAUUGUGAUAACCAUCUUUCUAAGGGUCUAAUUCAUGUGGUAGUGGAUUCUCAGUCACCAAACAUGAAAAAGAACCCAACAACAAAAGAACAAGUAAAACCUGUAAUUAGCGAAGUCCAACAUUUUACUCAAAGCCGUGACCCAGUACCAAAUGAUUUCCCUGGUGCUUUUUCAUCUAACAGAUACACCGGUGUUACUGAUUCAACAGAGACCAAAGAGUACCAAAUAAAUCUAGACUUGCGGGAUGUGAGCAUGCCUAUGAAUCACGGAGAGGGGGAUAUAAACUCUUACUCUGACAGAACGAUGCAUAAGCAUGACAAAGUAGAAGAUGAAUCAGAAGUGUGCCAUAAAUCAAGCUCGCCCCCUUUAAUUCAACAGCCAAUCACAUUUUCUCCAGAAGAAAUGGAUAAAUACAAGCUCCUACAGCUACAAGCCCAGCAGCACAUGCAGAAACAGCUCCUACCGAAGCAUCUUCGAGUUUUGCCUGCUUCGGGGCCGGCUGCCUUCUCCCCGGCCUCGGCCAUGCAGACGGUCCCGGUUCACCAGCACACAUCAAUCACCACCAUCCACCACACGUUCCUGCAGCAUUUUGCUGUUUCCGCUUCCUUAAAUUCCCAUGGCAGUCCCCUCCCUGUAGCUCAUCUGCAUCCUCUUUCCCAGCCACAUUUUACUCCAUUCACGUUUUCCCCUCUGACUCCCACCAUCCUGCCGGCGCACCCCACUUUCUUAGCGGGCCAUCCCCUGCAUUUGGUCACCGCUGCCCCCUUCCACCCACCUCACAUCACACUUCAGCCCCUGCCCUCCGCGACAUUGAUCCCCGCAUUGUUUGGCCCUCACUUAAACCCAGCCACAGCUUCUAUCAUCCACUUGAACCCUUUAAUUCAACCGGUGUUUCAAGGUCAAGAUCUUUGCCAUCAUUCUUGCUCCAGUCAGAUGCAACCGUUAAACGGAGUGAAAGAGGCCUUAAAUGUAUCAUCAGCGCACUUGAACUAA